UCUAGUAUAACAAGAGAUACGUUAAAAAAUAUAUAUUUUCAAUCUUUUAGAUAAUUUAGAUUAUUCCCUAAAUCAGCAAAAUAGUGUGUUCUUUAAACUCAAACGGUCCUAACCGUGCAUUCCAGUGAUUACGAGAGUUCUGCGCUCAUUCCUGUGCCAAGCUGUGAGUGUUGUCGUGCACGGCGUACGCGGCGCGUCAUAGCUUGACGUGCACGUCACGUUACCUACUUCGCUGCAAAUCAACGUGCCGGUGGACCAGUUGUCAAGACUUUUAAUUGGGUUUGAGUGCACAAGUUAUUCUAUCUAAUUAUUUAUUUGCCCUUGAUUAAAUUAGUGUGUUUAGUUUAGAUAAAUAACUUAAAAUGUCAGAGGAAACUUUAAAAGAAUUAAUACGUCAAAGAGGCACCUAUAAGGGUCGUGUAACAAAAUAUAAGGAUUAUCUUUCUAAUAUACAAAAAAAUGGAUCGUUCAAACAUAACUUCAUUACAAAUUAAAGAAUUAAGUCUUCGAUUGGCUAGAUUACAAACUUUAUUUUCGGAAUUUGACUCGAUUCAAACACAAAUUGAAAUGAAAAGUGAUAAGUUAGAUGAUCAGAUGGAAGAAAGGGACGUCAUAGAAACGCAGUUCAUUUCUCUCAUCUCAGCCACGCAAGAGAUAAUUGACUCUCAUACAAACAAUGAGGACCGUGGUUCCGAGGGUGCACGAACAGCCCAAUCGACUUUCGAGACGGGCCCUGUUAGUAAAAUUCGUUUACCGACCAUUUCUCUCCCGUCUUUUGACGGAAACUACUUAAAAUGGUUGGAGUUUCGCGACACCUUCGACGCCAUGAUCCAUGUGAACGAGUCCAUCCCUGACAUAAAUAAAUAUCAUUAUUUACGCUCCUCGUUAGAGGGCAGUGCCAGUGUCGUAAUAAAAUCACUUGAAUUUACAGCUAAAAACUACAAAACGGCAUGGGAAUUACUGUGCGAACGAUUUGAUAAUAAAAAUCUGCUUAUAAAUAAUCACAUGAAGGCAUUAUUUAACAUAGAUCCGCAGACUCGAGAAUCUCAUCGGUCAAUUCGAUUUCUUAUUGAUCACAUUACAAAAAACCUAAGCGCCCUUAAAUCUUUAGGCCGCCCGACUGAUUCAUGGGAUGACGUAAUCAUCUACUUAGUCGCAAGUAAACUCGAUCCCACUACGUCAAGAAAGUGGGAAGAAUAUAAGGCUAACUUAACAGACUUGCCUGCAUUAUCCGAGUUCUUGAAAUUCUUGCGCACUCGGGCCGAUGUACUUGAAACAAUGGUAGCUUGCAGGAGCGAUAAACCAGCCGAAAAUAAAUACCUACAGCCUAAGGCUACUAAGGCGUUUGUCGCUGCUGCAACUGCAUCCCGCAAACAACAAACAAACUCUAGUAAGGCGCCGCCGCCGCCAACGUGUCCGGUGUGCCACGGCGCGCAUAGGAUCUCGGAGUGUGUCAAGUUCAAGGACAUGAACGUCGAAAGUAGGUCAAGCGAAGCCUUGAAGUUACAUCUUUGCUUGAACUGCUUGAGGCGUGGUCAUAACGUCGAGCAAUGCCGCCUCGGUUCGUGUCAGGUCUGUAAGGAAAAACAUAACACAUUAUUACAUAAUUAUAAUCAAUCAUUAUCCUUACAGGCUAAUAAUAAAACAGCUGGCCCGGCGCCCGUCAUUAGCGCGGCCAGCGCGUGCGCCGCGAACGCGAUAGCGGAUCGGGAGGGCACUUUCUGGUGGGGCGGCCCAUGACUUCACUGCCGUCACCCCCCGUUUGUCUUAAAAACCCUGAUAGGUACCAGAGGAUCGAGCAGCUGCGCCAGCAUUUCUGGCAACGAUGGCGGAACGAAUACUUGGCCGAGUUGCAGCAACGUACCAAGUGGCGCCAGAGGCAGAAGGAACUCAAGGUUGGAGAGCUAGUGGUGUUCAAGGAGGAGAACACCCCGCCACUCAAAUGGAGGCUCGGGAGAGCUCUACACCUCUAUCCAGGAGCUGACGGAGUCUGCAGGGUAGCAGAUUUCACCACGCAGAAGGGCGUGGUCAGAAGAGCGCUCAACCGAGUGUGCCCCCUCCCCUGCAUGAACGAUCUUGAAAGCAGCAGCUUUCAAGGGGGGCAGGGUGUUAACGCAUCAGCGGUCAAACCAGUUCCGGAGGGGUGAGGACUGCGGAGUAUGACGUCACAAGCGCGGCGACCACUCACCGCGCAAACCACACACGGCUCUCAACUACCGCCUCAUACAUACCUAAAUCCUUGUAAAAUAGCAAAUUAAACUAAGUAAACGUGAAGCAGGAGUUUUCUUGAAGAGUCAACCCCUCAGCUGAGCUGUUCGUCAAUAACAGCUCCGACACC